AAUAAAUGGUUUGAUUCUUUAUCAGCUAUAUCUGUUGGAUUAAACCUUUCACUUAGAAAAGCUUUUAAUGAUGCGCGAUUUGUUCCAAUCAUCACAUCUCGAUAUUGCCUUGUAACCAAUUUAGAAACUCAACAAAUGGUG